CUGAUAACACCAGUGUUUGGGAAGUUGUAAAUACGGUUUUAAAAAAUAUCGUAACUUAUCAUUGAUUUUAUUAUUUAUUUAAUGUCACAUAAUCAGUAUUAAUCGCCGUCUACGCAUUACAUAUCGUGUUAUUCCGUUCCGAGUGACUCAUUGCUGGUGCGAAGAGUCAAGCUUUGUCCUAGCUCUGUGUCAGUUAUUAUCAUCGCAAAACCAUGUUUGCAAUCCGAAAUGAGGAUUUCGAAAGCGACUCCGACAGCAACUUUGAAGACGAAGACGAACUAACUCGUAUAAUCCCACCUGAAGUGGAAGACACCCGAGAGUGCAUGAAAGCGCGGCAUAUUCUAGGAAUCCUCGGUUUUCUGGGCUUUGCCAAUGUGUACGCUAUGCGUGUCAACCUGUCUGUGGCCAUUGUGGCCAUGGUGAAUAACACAGCAAUUCCGCAACCUUCCACUAACAGCAACAUCUACGACCACUGUUUGGUCCCAAACGCCACAAACUCAACACAGCCAAAUACAUCUGAUGGGGAAUUUGCGUGGGACGAAGCCAAGCAAGGGAUUGUUUUGGGGUCGUUUUUCUAUGGGUAUGUGCUUACCCAGGUACCGGGGGGCCGUUUGGCCGAGCUGUUUGGGGGGAAGUUGGUGUACGGUGUGGGGGUUUUAGUGACGGCGGUUUUCACGUUAUUGAGUCCCAUUGCAGCGAGGAUUAAUUUUCCACUGUUUAUCCUUGUGCGCGUUCUGGAGGGCAUGGGCGAAGGGGUCACGUUUCCCUCAAUGCAUGCCAUGCUGGCGAGGUGGAUUCCUCCACUGGAGAGGAGCAAAUUUGCAGCAUAUGUUUAUGCAGGAGCCAACUUUGGCACCGUCAUAUCGCUCCCGCUAUCGGGUUGGCUGUGCUCGCUGGAACUGGACGGCGGUUGGCCGCUGUGUUUCUACUUAUUCGGAUUCCUUGGCAUAAUCUGGUUCGUAUUUUGGUGCUUUCUCAUCUACGACUCGCCUUCGUCCCACCCGAGGAUAAACCCGCAAGAGCGAGCUUUCAUCUUAGCCAGCAUCGGCCCUCAAGACGAAGACGACAAGGCCCCCAUCCCCUGGCUCAAAAUGCUAACUUGCGUCCCACUUUGGGCAAUUCUGAUAACCCAGUGUGGCCAGUCGUGGGCUUUUUACACCCAGUUGACUGAACUGCCUACUUACAUGAGCCAAAUCCUCCACUUUGACAUUCAAGCUAACGCAUUUUUGUCCGCAAUUCCGUAUCUUACAAGUUGGUGGUGCGGGAUUCUUAUCAGUUUCGUGGCCGAUUGGCUGUUGAGUCGUGGAUAUUUGUCGCUCUCUACUUCGUACAAAGUCUUUAAUUCUUUAGCUUCAAUUGUCCCAUCGCUGGGUAUUUUGGGCGUGGCGUAUGUUGGGUGUGACAGAGUGGCGGUGCAGCUGCUUUUGGCCAUUCCGGGGGCUCUUGCGGGGGCGGUUUAUGCCGGCAAUCAAAUGAAUCACAUUGCUCUCAGCCCCAAAUAUGCGGGGACCAUGUACGGGAUCACGAAUGCAGCGUCCAACAUGUGCGGGUUUCUAGCCCCCUAUGUUAUUGGUGUAAUUAUUGAAGGACGGGAAACGUUGGGUCAGUGGAGACUGGUGUUUUACCUAGCUGCUGGUAUUAACAUUGGGGCGAAUUUGUUUUACAUAGCGUUCGCCAGUGCAAGGGAACAACCGUGGUCAAGGUCACAAAGACUGAGCACCAUCAACUGACAGGCGCUUUAUUUGGCGAUGCUUGUCGAUGCCUAGAUCAAGAUUUUUUAAUACCAAUGAAAGGUUAAACUUCUGCUUAAGCGGAAGUUUACAGUAUCGUUAAAUAGUUAAGUAUUGAAAAAUGUGAUUCCCUAGAAUUAUCCAAUUCAUUUAUUAGGUGCAAUGAAUAUUAAAAAAAUAUUUGGUUUUGUUCCUUUCAUAUUAACCCGAUUAUAGAAUGUAUACAGGUUUUACGGGAAAUCAAUUAUUGAAAAGUCAAAUUGUGGCGACUAAUUUUUGAGUAAUUUAGAAUCAAAUAUUUUAUUAAAAUGUGUACCUUCUAUAAUCAUAGCAUAAUUAAAUGUGAUAAAGCCUUAUCUCACUUUUUAUUUAUUGUUUUUUAAGUUUCUUAGCCAGUGUAAAAUUGGUGUUUACAACCUCCAUGUAUGAACAAUUUUACAAUGUUUAGAUCUAUCGAACGGGGUGCCGACUACGAAAGGCCCACUACAGUUUUGUUGAAAGUUUUUAAUUUUCAUAUUAACAUUGUAUAUAAAUUUUAUUGUAAAAUAUAUUUUUUCUAUUUA